AUGGAAGUUGCUAAUGUUCUUCACAUGACUGAAGGAAUUGGAGACUCUAGUUAUGCAAAAAAUUCUCUGUUUCAGGUGCCUGAUGGAAUUGAGAAUAACAAAGGAACUAUUUAUGCAGCAAGUACAAGCCCCUCAAGCGUCCUCAAAGCAUAUUCCAAGCAAUAUGAAAGAGAUUUUGCUACUUUUCUCAAGUAUCGCUCAGAAGAAUUGGUGGAAGGUGGGCGUAUGGUAUUAACCAUGCCUGGUAGAGAAAAUGAGCAUCACUUAAGCAAUGUGUGUCGCUUUAUGUUGGAGCCUUUGGCCAUCGCGCUCAAAGACUUGGUUACAGAGGGAUUGAUAGAAGAAGAGAAAGUGAAUUCAUUCAACGUUCCGUUGUACUGUCCAUCUCCUGCAGAAAUUAAGUAUAUAGUUGAGAAGGAAGGAUCUUUCACCAUUGAUCUGUUGAAAACUUUAGAACAUCAAAUGGAUUCUAGUUGUGAAGGUUACAAUGAGGCACAGAGUGUAAGAGCUUUUGCUCAACCUUUACUUGUUAGGCAUUUUGGUGAUGAUGAUAAAUUGAUGGAUGUUGUGUUUAAUAAGUGUAGUGACAUUUAUGCCAAUAUUAUGGCCAAAGAGAAGAAUAUUUUCACAAAUGUUAUAGUCUCUUUGAUUAAGUUUUAAUAAUCACUUGUCAUGUAAUAAUACUCGAGAUCAAA